GAGCACUACUCAACCAUCGCAUAGUAAGUGACUUCCGGGUUAAACCCUUCAUGAUUUGACGUCACUCGUCAAACAUUCCUUCCGGUCUGACCGCCAUCGCUGAUAGCAGACAUGGCUAUUCGCUACCCUAUGGCCGUUGGCCUCAACAAAGGCCACCCAGUCACCAAAAAUGUAACCGCUCCCAAACACAGUCGCAGACGUGGGCGUCUGACCAAACACAGCAAGUUUGUCCGGGACAUGAUCCGUGAGGUGUGUGGUUUUGCUCCAUAUGAGAGGAGAGCCAUGGAGCUGCUGAAAGUGUCUAAGGACAAGAGAGCCCUCAAGUUUAUCAAGAAGAGGAUUGGUACUCACAUUCGUGCCAAGAGAAAGAGAGAGGAGCUCAGCAAUGUCCUGGCUGCCAUGAGGAAGGCUGCCGCCAAGAAGGACUAAUCUUUCACUUAAUAAAAGUUGGCUUAACUACAAAAUCAA